CAGUAAUGGAAUAUUUGGAGCGAAUAUUGAGGUUACUAAUAUUGUUGAUGUUGGUUUUGGUGAAUGGGUGUUAUGGUUGUUGGGAGCAAGAGAGAAUCGCUCUUUUGCAGCUCAAAGCUUCCACCAACCACCCAAAUGGCUCUUCCCUGUCAUCAUGGGAUGACCUGGAGGGUGAAGAAGUUACAGAUUGCUGUGAAUGGGAACAUGUUGAGUGCAAUGCAACCACACAUCGCGUCAUCAAACUUUCACUUAAUUCUACAAGGAAUGAUGAGUUAGGAGCUUGGUAUUUAAACACCUCGGUGUUUCUUCCAUUCGAAUCACUCAUAAGCUUAGAUUUAAAUGACAAUGUUUUACACGGCUGUAUUGAGAAUGAAGGUCUGCCUAGCUUCUCUCUUCAUAUAUAGUAUACAAGAUGAGAUAUUCAAUUGAAGGAUUGUUUCCUUUACUUCUUUCAUUUUCUUUUUCCUUUUCUUUUUUCUGUCAAUUCAUUUUUGAGAACAAAGUUGAGCUGACAUGCAUAUAUGCCAAAUUACUUUAUUUAUUUUUUUUUUUUUCCUUCUCUUGCAGGUUUUGAAAAACUAUCAAGGUUGAGCAAUCUACAGAUCCUUAAUUUGAGUUUGAAUCACUUCAAUAAUAGCAUCCUGCCAUCUCUAAAUGGACUUUCAUCUCUCAAGACCCUAAAACUACGGAAAACAACUUGAUAGGGCAAGUUUACAUUCAAGAUUUUGAUGGUUUGAAAAACUUGGAGGAGCUGGACAUAAACUUGAACGAUUUCGAUAGUAUUGUGACCAAAGAAGGAUUAAAGAGCGCCCCAAGUUUGAACAACAUAGAGAUCCUUGAUUUGAGUUAUAAUUACUUAAACAAUGAUCUGUCAUUUCUGCUAGGACUUCCAUCACUGAAGACACUGUCUAUGAUACGAGUGAGGAAUGUAACAAUUCAUGGUAAAGGUAAAUUUGAAGUCACGAUUCACUCAUUACAGCAUGUUCCUUAUUUUAAAAUUUUAUAGAUUUAAAUUUCUUCCACUCUGGUGCAUCUUCUUAAUUUCCGUGUUUACAAAGUUGCAAAAGCUUAGGAAUAUGGAAACCUUGUACUUGGAUUAUGCUACUCUCAGUAAUGACUUCCUUCAAAGCAUUCAAGUGAUGACUUCUCUUAAAGUGUUGUCACUACGAGGUUGUGGACUGACCGGCAGUUUAGCUUUUCCAAGUAAAAAUAGAAUAAAACAUUAGACAACUGCCCUCAUAUCCUCUCUCUAUCUUUCUCUCACACACACUGUCACAAACAAGUUCUUUUAUGUUGCCAUAUAUAUGAACAUGUUAGUUCAGCCAAGUUAAUUCCAAUCAAUUAAUUUUAAUAUUGUUUAGGGCUAUGUGAACUGAAGACUCUUCAGGAGCUUGACCUGCAAGAUAAUAAAAUAGAGGGUGACUUGCCUCGAUGCAUGGAAAACUUGACAUCCCUUCGGUUUUUGGAUCUCUCUUUCAAUCAUUUUACUGGGAAUAUUGCAUCAUCUCCACUUAUUCAUCUUACGUCUCUUGAAUACCUUGCCCUUUCACACAAUAACUUCAAAAUCCCAAUCUCCUUUCGAUCAUUUUCCAACCACUCAAAACUGAAGGUCAUUGACAGCCUGAACAAUGAAUUAGUGGUCGACGCAGAGUUUGAUCAGACCUUGGCAGUCCCAAGUUUUCAACUAGUUGGCAUCCGUUUAUCUGAUCGUGAAUUUUGCAACGUCAAGAAUACUACUGGAGCCUUUCCCAACUUCCUAUACUACCAAAAGGACCUCCAAAAAGUUGAGCUCUCUCGGAUAAACUUCGAGGGGAAGUUUCCAAAUUGGUUGUUUAAUAACAAUAUAAGGUUGGUUACACUUCUUUUACCAGAUAAUUCUUUCACUGGACAUUUUCAGUUACCACUCCUUCCAAAGACACAGCUUCUAGCACUGGACAUCUCCAACAAUUACUUCCAUGGCCAUAUUUCAAAAGACAUUGUUAAGGCUUUUCCAAGUUUAAAAUUCUUAAAUAUGUCUCGAAAUGGCUUUGGAGGUCCUAUUCCUUCUUCAUUAGGUGAUUUGUCCGGUCUGGAGUUUCUCGACUUUUCCUUUAAUCAGCUUUCGGAUGAAAUACCAGGCCACUUGGCCAUGGGUUGCUUCUCCUUGAAAUACUUGAAACUUUUAAGUAACAAUUUGCAAGGCCCGAUAUUACCUAGAAAAAGUAACCUGACUAUGCUGCAUUCUUUAUACCUGGAUCACAAUAACUUCACAGAGAUCUCAAAUAGCUUGUCCAACUGUUCUAACUUGAAGGUGUUCAACAUAAGCCAGAAUCAUUUGUCAGGCAAGCUACCUGUGUGGAUGGGAAGUAUGUCACAACUGUUGGCGAUUGUUAUGUCCAAUAAUCAUCUCCAAGGUCUUAUUCCAACUGAAUUUUGUCAGAUUCGUAAUCUUUGGGUUCUUGACCUCUCUGAGAACAAUAUUACUGGGACUGUACCUUCUUGCUUCAACCAAUCAAUUAUGAAGCAUGUUCAAGGACCAUUGCCAUCUGCAUUUGACAACAUGAGCUCAUUAGUGACCUUAGAUCUUUCCUAUAACAACUUGACUGGUUACAUUCCGAACUGGAUUGGAACCCUUUCUCGUUUGAGCAGUCUUCUCUUAAAAAAUAAUCGCUUUGAGGGCAAGAUCCCUAUCAAUUUAUGCCGCUUGUCUAAUUUGAGUUUGAUUGAUCUUUCUGAUAAUAACUUUUCUGGUCGUAUUCCUCCUUGUUUGAGUGACAUCAGUUUUCAUGGACCACCUCGGAAAGCUUCAUCGUGUUAUACUCCCAGCAGAGUAAUUCCAUAUUUACACUUCACAACAUUACUCUUGGGUGAUCUGAAAAUGAUAUAA